AUGCCUAGUUUUUCACUUGGACUUGGUCUUGGUCUCACACAAAAGUUUCAGGAAGGAGAUGAAAGUAGUGAAGAUGAACACAUGAAGAAAGAAAUAAAAAAUGAAAAACUUGAUGAAGGAGAAAGUUAUGAUUCAGAAGAAACAGAAUGUGACAAUAAUAUCUUGGGAAUUGAAGAUGAUGAAGACAAAAAAAGAGAAGUAGGAAAAAGAUUAAAAAAACCAUCACUGAAGCUAUCGUCUCCUUAUAAUAAAAAAGAGGUUUGUGCAUCAAAAUUUGUAGAUCCAGAUGAAGUAAAAUUAUCAGAUAGAAUUUUUUCUAGAAUUGAGACAGUUCAUAUUGACAAAUAUAUCCCUUUCAAUGAAAGAUUUGAUAAAUUUGAGUCAAAUAUCAAAGAUGCAAUGAAAAAGGACAAAGAACUUCUGACAUUUGAAAAAGUUCACUUGGUGUUUUUCCCAGUUCAUCAAAAAAAUCACUUUUACAUCAUCUGCAGAAACUUAGAGGAACCAGCGGUUGAUGUCAUUGACAAUAGGAAUUCAGUUGCAAAGUUUCCUAGAGCUUAUCGUGAUGCACCUAAUGAAUUGAAAAUACUUUUUAGUAGGUACUUGAUGAGGGUCAAUCACAAAUCAGCUUCAACUUUGGAGGGUGUUGAACCAGAAAGGGUGAACAUGAAUUGGCGCACGAGGGAUAAUCAUGUUGACUGUGGAGUUUUUUGCAUGCGUCAUAUAUGGGAGAUAAAACAGUAA